AUGGUUAUGGAGCCGCGCUGCCCGAGGACGCCCGGUGUGGGACUGGGGGCGGUUUCGGCUGCCUUUAUCUCCUCAGCCUGGAUGGAGCCUUCCUCCACCGCCCUGGGGAAGACGAAGGAACUUAUAAAGCACGGCCGCGAAAGGAUAGGACAAACCAUCAAGGCAUCCGGCUCCAGGCUCUGCUCGUAUGCUGAACGAGUUGCUUUUUUAAUGGAUCGUUCCCGGAGCCCAGACACCAGCGCUCAGCCUCCAACGCCAACUGACAACAUCAACCUCGGACCUUCUGCUAACCCAAAUGCCAAGCCAACAGACUUUGAUUUCCUGAAGGUUAUUGGCAAAGGAAGCUUUGGAAAGGUUCUCCUGGCCAAACGCAAGUGUGAUGGGACUUUUUAUGCUGUGAAAGUCUUGCAUAAGAAAACCAUCCUGAAGAAAAAGGAGCAAAACCACAUCAUGGCAGAACGCAAUGUGCUCCUGAAAAAUGUCAAGCACCCCUUCCUUGUGGGACUCCAUUACUCCUUCCAGACCUCGGAGAAGCUUUACUUUGUCCUUGACUAUGUAAAUGGGGGGGAGCUCUUCUUCCACUUGCAAAGAGAGCGCUGCUUCCGUGAACCCCGGGCACGAUUCUAUGCCGCGGAAGUUGCCAGUGCAAUUGGGUACCUGCAUUCCUUAAACAUCAUCUACAGGGAUUUAAAACCUGAGAACAUCCUUCUGGAUUGCCAGGGCCAUAUAGUAUUGACAGACUUUGGACUCUGCAAAGAAGGAAUGGAGCAAGAGGAGACUACUUCCACAUUUUGUGGCACUCCUGAGUACUUAGCUCCCGAGGUGCUAAAGAAGCAGCCGUAUGACAGGACAGUAGACUGGUGGUGCCUGGGAGCUGUCCUCUAUGAGAUGCUCUUUGGACUGCCACCUUUUUAUAGUCGGGAUGUGUCUCAGAUGUAUGACAACAUUCUGCACAAGCCACUCCAGAUCCAAGGAAGCAAGACUGUGGCAGCUUGUGACAUCCUCCAGGGACUUCUCCAUAAGGACCAGAAGAGGAGGCUGGGUGCCAAAACAGACUUUCUUGAGAUAAAGAACCAUGUAUUCUUCAGCCCAAUAAACUGGGAUGACUUGUACAACAAGAGGAUUACCCCUCCAUUCAACCCUAAUGUGGCUGGUCCAGCUGAUCUGCGACACUUUGAUCCAGAGUUCACCCAAGAAGCGAUCUCUGCCUCCAUCACCCACACGCCUGACUUAGCAGCCAGCAGCUCCAGUGCCUCAGAUGCUUUUUUAGGAUUUUCUUAUGCACCAACUGAAGAGGACUUCUAA